AUGCCUUACAACAUUGCCAUGAUAUCGGAUUUCUUCUAUCCACAGCCAGGAGGCGUCGAAAGCCACAUCUAUCACGUUGCAACUAAGUUGAUCGAUCGCGGUCACAGGGUGAUCAUUAUCACUCACGCAUAUGGCUCUCCAUACCCAAGUCGAACCGGCGUACGAUACUUGACCAAUGGGCUGAAGGUCUACCAUAUUCCGCACUGGGUGGUUUACCGGUCUGCUACGUUUCCCACUGUGUUCUCGUCCUUUCCGAUACUUCGACAGAUUUUCAUUCGGGAACAGAUCCAAAUCGUACAUGGCCACGCAUCGCUCAGCAACUUGUGCCACGAAGGCCUCUUGCACGCGAGAACCAUGAGUCUACAGACUGUCUUCACUGAUCACAGUUUGUUCGGGUUCGGUGAUGCGGCGAGCAUUAUGGCCAAUAAGUUGUUGAAGUUCAGCUUGAGUGAUGUUGGACAUGUUAUUUGCGUCAGCCAUACCUGCAAGGAGAACACCACCUUGAGAGCCUCACUCAACCCACUGGCCGUCUCUGUGAUUCCGAAUGCAGUGGUUCCGAGCAAUUUUCGACCGCUGCAACCACAAGAAGCCAAGGUACUGGCGCAGAGUGACAGAAGUGCUCUUCUGCCACCUCCGCCAGAUCCGAGCAAACCUGUGGGACCUGGCGACCCUAUCACCAUAGUGGUGAUAUCGCGAUUGUUCUACAACAAAGGAACAGAUCUUCUCAUAUCUGCUUUGCCGCUGCUGUUGCGAAGACAUGAGAAUCUACGCUUUAUAAUAGCAGGCAGUGGCCCCCAAGCGAUUGACCUGGAACAGACUUUGGACUCACUUCCGCAACAGCUAGUCUACACUCCAUCUGGGCAGAGCCGUGUUGUUCUGCUCGGCAGCAUUCGUCACGAGGAAGUGAGAGAUGUCAUGGUCCGAGGGCAUCUGCUUCUGUCAACCUCGCUUACAGAAGCAUUCGGCACUGUACUUGUCGAAGCGGCAAGUUGUGGACUAAUGACAGUCGCCACUCGAGUCGGUGGAGUCCCAGAAGUACUACCCGGCAACAUGAUCGUCUUCGUGUUGCCAGAAGUCGAAGACGUUGUGCGAGGCGUCACAGAAGCAGUGGGCUUGCUUACCAACAAGACGGUGCGGAGAGAUAAGUUCCAUGACCUGGUCAAGAACAUGUAUUCCUGGUCCGACAUUGCACGACGAACGGAGCGUGUGUACGACUUGAUCACCGGCAGUCCUCCGGCCCUCGACAACGAAGGCUUCUACGAUGAGCAGUGGAUGCACUAUGGGCAACCUGCACAUAGUCCAUCUUUCUCUCUGAUGGACCGGCUAAAACGCUACUUUGGCUGCGGAGUCUGGGCUGGAAAACUCUUCGUCAUUGUUGUUGUGGUGGACUACUUGAUCUACUGCUUUCUGGAGAUCAUGUAUCCCAGAGAGAAGAUCGACAUUUGCAAAACAUGGCCAGCUUCGAAGGCUAGGGACAGCUUCGAUGAAGGUCUGUCUAACGGGUAUGGCGCUCACGGCAUCGCCAAACAACGAUCUCGGCGAAGAAAAGAUGACAUAUACAACGAGACCGGUUGA